CCUAAAGCUAUACCACAGCUUACAGCACUCAAAAGCAGCUGGACAGUUCCAAGUGGAAAACAUACGCUGCAAUUGAGCUGGCAAUUGCCUAAGUAGCUUUGAACAAAGUGCGAGCACUGCUAUGAACAAAAUUCCCUUGCCAAAAUCUACAUGGGAUAAUCUAACGCCUGAGCUCGUGCGUCGCAUCGCCGAAUGUCUCCACCCGAACGAGGUGGCUUCGUCGCUUAAACUUGCCAACAGCGACACCGCCGCGGCCUUGUCAGACUAUAGGACCCUGUACUUGGCGCACGAUGGCAAAGAUAUAUAUAUUCGCCUGAAGGCGCAGCAGCCGUGGCCCGGGCACGCCUUCGUGGCGCACUGGGGGCGCCCGGAGCCGUGGCGCGAGCUAAGCCUUCGGCAGCGCGAGCGGUUACUAUGCCUGGCCGCGUCCUCGGGUCAUGCCGCCAGCCUGGACGCGGCGCUGCAUUUCAGCGGCUGCGCCCUGAAGCCGUCGGUGCUGACGGCGGCAGCUGUCGGCGGCGACGAGCUGGCGUCCAAACGCCUGUUGGCCGAAGGCUGCUCCUUAGACGAGGGCGUCUUUCGUGCAGCUGCCCGCGGCGGCCACCUGCGGUUGAUCCAGCUGCUGCUUAACACGACCGUCAGCAACUACCUCUGGACGCCGUGCCUUGCCGCGGCGGCGCAGGGCGCCUGCGCCGGCGGCCAGCUCGCCAUUCUCACUUGGCUGCAGCAGGAGCAUGGCUACAGCCUUCGUGCGUCCAAUGUGGGGGCGGCGGCGGAGGCGGGCCACGUCGAGCUGGUGGAGCGCCUCAUGCCGCUGGUGCCGGACUGCGCGCCAGCCCAAGAGGCGUGGAAGGAUUGCGACCCGCAGGAUUUCCAGGCGGUGCGGGACCUGCGGUCCUCGCGGUGGGAGCUGCUGAUGGAUGUCGUGAGUGGCUGUCCCGUGGAGGUGCUGCAGCGGCACCACGACCGGCUCUGGCACUGGCCACGCCGUCAGCCGGUGCUGCUGCCGGGUGACUUGGCGAACCCGGCCGCUCUGGCUGCGGCAGUCGCCGCCGGCUACGCCGGAGCCGAGGCAGCAGGCGUCCUGGCGGGUGGCCGUGCUGACUUGGAGGCGGUGGUGGAAGCGGACGUCCCGGAGGACGAGGACCAGUCGUGUCCUGCUGAAGACGUCAGGGCCUAUCUGUGCAACCUGUUUAGGGCCGCCGCCUGCAGCCCCACGCCCUGCUGGGCCGCGAAGCUGUCCUUCCUGCUGUCGACGUGGGGCCCGCGGGUGGAGGCGACGCUGAAGGCUGGGCGAUACCUGGAUCUAGGAGAGCUGUUCGAUGCGAUGGCGACCGAGCGGCCCGACUACCUGCAGCGUCUCAAGCACCUUGCCGACAUUGGGGUGGCGUUGGACUCGCAGGCGGCGGAGGCGGCGUUUUCCCGCUGCCGCGUGGAGGCGCUGGUGUGGCUCGUCGACGAGUGCGACGCUCUGCCGGACGAGGUUAUUAUUGAUUACUGCAUCAUCAUGCGCGGUACGGCGACAGAAGCGAGCGACUGCGUUGCGGUGCUGGAGGCGCUUAGGCAGCGAGGGUGGGUCUUUGAGGCAAGGUAUCUUGCACGGUCGCCGAUCUUUGGGUGGCCGGAUGCGGCGCUCUUGUGGCUGGCGGAGGUGGGGGAAGACGCAGACGCGGAGAGCCCAGAGGGUGCCACCGCGCCAACAGCGGGGGAGGUGCGGGCGUGGUGGUCGAGAAUCUUUACGCGCGCGGCUCAGGAGGGCGCCAGCCUGCCUGUACUGCAAGCGCUGCGCGCGCGGGGCGCAGCGGUCGACUUGGCGGCGGUGGCGCAGGCGGGCGGCGAGGCGGCACUGGCGUGGGCGGCGGCACAGCUGCUUGCAGAGGGUGCCGAGGCGGCGGCGGGUGCAGCAGGCAGUGGAGGAGGCGGUGGCAUGACUCUGCAGCCCCUGAGCCGUGAUGAGGCGCUGAGGUGCUACCACGGCGGCAAUGUUGCCGCACUGGACUGGCUGCGGUCCCACGGGCUGCUGCCACCGCUCAGCUGCAACUGGUUGCCGACGCUGAGGGAAAUGUUGCACGGCAAGCAAUGCCAGUGCAGCUCCUUCUGGUCCCUGCAGCUGUGGGUGCGGCUGCAGCUGCAGCUGCAAAUGGAUGCAGACCAGCAGGCGGUGGGGGGCCCGCCGCAACAGCCACAACAGUUGCAGCGUCAGCAACCGGCGGCGGCGGCGACGGUGGCGGCCGCGGAUGAAGAUGAGCCGGCCGCGGAGGAGCAUCCGAUGCAGCCACAUGAACUGGCGGUGGCCAACAGCAGUGCAACGGGUGAUGCCGCCGCGUCGCGUGCUGUCAGCCUGUGGUUGGCCGCCAAGGAGAUGGCUGGCCAUGCUGAUCGGGUUCGGCGUAAACGGUACGAGUUGGAAUGCAUGUGGUGCGGUGGCGCCAACAACGUGGAUGUGGGUUUGUACGAGGUCGUGGCUCUAGAACACCAGCACGCCUGGAUGGAGCGGCAAGCGGAGCGGCUUUAAGUUGCUGAAAGCAGGUAUGAGAACCUUUUGGCAGGCUGAUUUUAUGCUGAACGUUGUGACCACUAUCUAACAUAUCACGUUUGAUGGCUCACAUGAGGAUUCAUGACAGCGGCUCAGGCCCUCAGCGUCCUUGCCAGGGGUACUAGCCCCUGGCUGCCCUGGCCUGCGCUCCGUCGGCUUGCAACGUAACCAACUUCUCAGGACCUUCGGUUUUUCCUGGGAAGACGCUUAACUGACAAUGUCUCAAUGUAGAUUGCUACGUCAAAACAAAGCUACGCACCUGUCGCUUGAGGCUUGGGCACGAACGAAGGACUGCGCGCGUGGCGUGUGCGUGUAUUGGUCUGCCGGCAUGGAAGGCGGGGAAGCAUCGAUGGCGGAGCAGUGUACCAAUAAACCGGAUGCGGCUGAUUGGAUGUGUACGUGCAUAUGUUGAAGCAACCAGCUGCCGGUCGCGGAGCUACUUCUGCGUUUAGCGAGUCAGGCCGCGAAAUUCCAGUUUGGCACCAAGUUGCUCAGGUGUCUUCGAUUUAACAAACGUGUU